AUGUCUGCUUUACCAGAAGAAGUCAAUAGCACGUUGCUUCAGAUCGUGCAAGCAUUUGCUUCUCCGGACAACCAGAUACGUUCAGUUGCUGAAAAGGCUCUUAGUGAGGAAUGGAUUACCGAGAAUAAUAUCGAAUACCUUUUAACUUUUUUGGCUGAACAAGCCGCCUUCUCCCAAGACACUACUGUCGCAGCAUUGUCUGCUGUUCUGUUUAGAAAAUUAGCGUUGAAAGCUCCUCCUUCUUCAAAGCUUAUGAUUAUGUCCAAGAAUAUAACACACAUUAGAAAAGAAGUUCUGGUACAAAUACGUUCCUCCUUGUUAAAAGGGUUUUUGUCAGAAAGGGCUGACUCAAUUAGGCAUAAAUUAUCUGAUGCAAUUGCCGAAUGUGUUCAAGAUGAUUUACCUUCGUGGCCAGAGCUAUUACAAGCUUUAAUAGAAUCUUUAAAGAGUGGAAAUCCAAAUUUCAGAGAAUCGAGUUUCAGAAUCUUGACGACGGUACCUUAUCUAAUUACAGCCGUUGACACUAACAGCAUUUUACCAAUUUUUCAGUCGGGCUUCACUGAUGCAAGUGAUAAUGUCAAAAUUUCUGCUGUUACUGCAUUUGUAGGCUACUUCAAACAGCUGCCAAAAUGUGAAUGGUCAAAAUUAGGUGUUUUAUUGCCAAGUCUUUUGAAUAGUUUACCAAGAUUUCUAGAUGAUGGUAAGGAUGAUGCCCUUGCCUCGGUUUUUGAAUCAUUGAUUGAGUUGGUGGAAUUGGCACCAAAAUUGUUUAAGGAUAUGUUUGACCAAAUAAUACAAUUUACUGACAUUGUCAUAAAAAACAAAGAUUUAGAGCCUCCGGCAAGAACUACUGCGCUGGAACUAUUAACGGUAUUUAGCGAGAAUGCUCCUCAAAUGUGCAAAUUGAAUCAAAAUUAUGGACAAACUUUGGUGAUGGACACUUUAAUCAUGAUGACAGAGGUGUCCAUAGAUGACGAUGAUGCAGCAGAAUGGAUAGAAUCCGAUGACACCGACGAUGAAGAGGAAGUUACAUAUGAUCAUGCUCGUCAAGCUCUUGAUCGUGUUGCUUUAAAACUGGGCGGCGAAUAUCUGGCUGCACCCUUGUUUCAAUAUUUACAGCAAAUGAUUACAUCAACCGAAUGGAGGGAAAGAUUUGCGGCUAUGAUGGCUCUUUCCUCUGCUGCUGAAGGUUGUGCUGACGUAUUAAUAGGUGAAAUCCCAAAGAUCUUAGAUAUUGUGAUUCCCUUAAUUAACGAUUCUCAUCCAAGAGUUCAAUACGGAUGUUGUAAUGUUUUGGGCCAAAUAUCUACCGAUUUUUCACCUUUCAUUCAAAGAACUGCACAUGAUAAAAUUUUGCCCGCCUUGAUAUCUAAAUUAACAUCAGAAUGCACUUCGAGAGUUCAAACCCAUGCUGCGGCAGCUCUCGUCAACUUUUCUGAAUUUGCCUCUAAGGAUAUCCUUGAACCUUACUUAGACAGUCUUUUGACGAAUCUGUUGGUUCUUUUACAAAGUAACAAGCUUUACGUGCAAGAACAGGCCUUAACAACUAUUGCAUUUAUCGCCGAAGCAGCAAAGAAUAAAUUUAUCAAGUACUAUGAUACUUUAAUGCCCUUAUUAUUGAACGUUUUGAAAGUAGACAACAAAGACAAUAGCGUUUUGAAAGGUAAAUGCAUGGAAUGUGCCACUCUGAUUGGUUUCGCUGUUGGUAAGGAGAAAUUUCAUGAACAUUCUCAAGAGCUUAUCUCAAUCUUGGUUGCUUUACAGAACUCAGAUAUCGACGAAGAUGAUGCACUCAGAUCAUAUUUAGAGCAAAGUUGGAGCAGAAUUUGUCGAAUCCUUGGGGAAGAUUUUGUUCCUUUGCUACCGAUCGUUAUCCCACCUUUGUUAAUCACUGCCAAAGCAACACAGGACGUCGGACUAAUUGAAGAAGAGGAGGCUGCAAAUUUUCAGCAAUAUCCAGAUUGGGAUGUUGUUCAAGUUCAAGGUAAACACAUUGCUAUUCAUACAUCUGUUCUCGACGAUAAGGUGUCUGCAAUGGAGCUAUUGCAAAGCUACGCGACACUUUUACGCGGCCAGUUUGCUGUAUAUGUUAAGGAAGUAAUGGAGGAGAUAGCUUUACCAUCGCUUGACUUUUACUUACACGAUGGUGUUCGUGCUGCAGGUGCAACGUUGAUUCCUAUUCUAUUGUCCUGUUUACUUGCGGCAACUGGUACCCAAAAUGAGGAGUUAGUACUAUUAUGGCAUAAGGCUUCCUCGAAAAUAAUUGGUGGGUUAAUGUCGGAACCAAUGCCGGAAAUUACACAAGUCUACCACAACUCUCUAGUAAAUGGCAUCAAAGUGAUGGGCGAAAAUUGCCUAAGCGAAGAUCAACUAGCAGGAUUUACUAAGGGUGUUUCUGCAAACUUAACGGACACUUAUGAAAGAAUGCAGGAUCGCCAUGGCGAUGGAGAUGAAUAUAAUGAAAACAUCGAUGAGGAGGAAGACUUUACGGACGAAGACCUCCUCGAUGAAAUCAACAAAUCUAUCGCUGCAGUCUUGAAAACCACAAGCGGUCAUUAUCUAAAGCAUUUGGAAAAUAUAUGGUCCAUGAUAAACACUUUCCUGUUAGAUAAUGAGCCAAUUUUAGUCAUAUUUGCAUUAGUGGUAAUUGGUGAUCUGAUUCAAUACGGAGGUGAGCAAACCGCUAGUAUGAAGAGUGCGUUUAUUCCAAGAGUGACUGAAUGUCUUGUUUCUUCAGACGCUCGCAUUCGCCAAGCUGCUUCUUAUAUAAUCGGUGUUUGUGCACAAUAUGCUCCAUCUACAUAUGUUGACGUUUGCAUACCGACUUUAGAUACACUUGUUCAGAUCGUUGACUUUCCGGGCUCUAAGCUGGAAGAAAAUCGUUCCUCUACUGAGAAUGCCAGCGCAGCCAUUGCCAAAAUUCUAUAUGCAUACAACUCCAACAUCCCCAAUGUAGACACAUACACAGCGAACUGGUUUAAAACGUUGCCAACGAUUGCUGAUAAAGAGGCUGCUUCAUUCAACUAUCAAUUUUUGGGUCAUUUAAUCGAAAAUAACUCGCCGAUUGUAUGCACACAAUCCAAUAUCGCUACGGUAGUUGAUUCAGUUAUACAAGCUUUAAAUGAGAGAAGUUUAACUGAAAGGGAGAGUCAAACUGUGAUAAGUUCAGUCAAGAAAUUGUUAGGAUUUUUGCCUUCUAAUGAUGCUUUGGCAAUUUUCAACAGAUAUCCAGCAGAUAUUAUGGAAAAAGUACAUAAAUGGUUUGCAUAA